AUGACGCCCAGCGGGCGCCCCGCGGGGCCCCGCCGCUCCCCCCAGGCCUGGACCGUGAAUUUGGUUACGAUGGAGACGGUGUCCCUGGAGCACCAGAUCCAGAGCGUGCAGCGGCACAUCGCUUUCCUAAAGAAGGAGCAGAUGGAGCUGCUUCAUGACCUGCACCUGGAGAUCCUCCGCUUGCAGAAGCACUGCUCAGAGCUCACCCAUGACCUGGAAAUGAAAGAGCUGGAGGCCCGGCAGCAAGAUGUCCUGGACCGGGAGCUAGAGGAGAAGUGCCGGGCGAUGGAGGCCCAGCUGCAGGAGAAGGAGAAGGACAACCUGGAGCUGCGCAAGGAGCUGCAGCACAAGGAGACGCUGGUGGCUGCGCUGCGCUCCAGCCUCCGCAGCAAGGAGCGCCGGUUCCUGGAGGAGCUGAAGCGUCGGAGCCACCGCGUCACCAUCCUCGACACCGAGCUGCAGAAGCAGACGGAGGCGGCCGCCUACCUCUCCCUGCAGCUGCACGCCACGGCCCAGCGCCUGCCGGGCCCCCGGGCGUGCGGGCGGCCGCCCCUCGAGCAGCCCCCGGCCGAGGGCAGGCCCCGGCGUCGCGGCCACAGGGCCCCUGCCCGGCGCCCGCCCGGGGACGGCGGCCGCCCCAGGGACCUCGUGCAGGAGGAGCACGAGGCCAUGCCCGACCCAGCCCUCUUCCUCUACACGUCGCGGCCACACGCCCCGCAGCGCCCGUCCCCGGAGCCCCCGGCCCAGCCCCGCGGCUCCACCGGCACCGCCGCCCGGGGGCAGAGGCCGCCACGGCAGCCCCCGCAGGACCCGGUGGCCAGGGCCAGAUCGGCCACGGGCGAGCCCGGAAAGAGGCAGGGGGCCAGUGCCCACGGUGCCCACCGGGCCCAGGAAUAGGCAGCGAGGGACAGCGUGGCCCGACCGGCCGGGAAGGCCUGAGCCUGGCAGCACUGGGGCGGGCACCGGCCAAGGUUCUUUUUCCCCAUCCUCUGGUGGGGGUGAGGGGGCAACAGAAAACGGAUGCCCUGCAUGCACCUCCCACCCACAGGCAACCGGGGGGACUCCUCUGCCUGAAGGGUCUGAGCCGAGGGUGUCACCGGCGGGACAGGGGAGCACCCACCACCUGGGCUGUGGAGGGGACAUGGUCCAGUGCCUGUCCAGAGCUUCCAAGGAAAGAAGGAGAGAGAGGAAGGAAGAAAGAAAAGAAAGAAAGAAAGAAAGAAAGAAA